UUUUUAAACAUUCUCAUUGUUGUUCUCAUAGAAAAAAAAAUGGAAGAAAAACAAGCUAGAAAUCCAACCGAUGGAAUUUAUCAUCAUUUAGGUGUGGAAUUAUCAUGUCAAUCGUCACAGCUUGAAAUGGAUGAAUCAAAACCAGUUGAAGCUAUUGUGGCAAAAUGGACAACAUUAUCAACAUGAUCAAUCAAAAUAUGAUGGUCGGUGAACAUUACACUGAUAUUGCCAGAUUGAAAUCAGAUAAUUCAUUCAUUCUGAUAUCUAAUCACAUUCAUCCGUCGAUAAGAUCAGGAUUCGUUACUAGAUUCAAUCAAUAUGAAGAUAUUCCCAAUUGUGUUGCCAAUUAUUUAAAUCCUGGUCAUGGACUAGCGAAUAGUGUUGCAAUUCGUGAUACAAAUUUUGUUGGUUUCGAUUCCGGACAUAUUAUAAUGCUCGAUACAAAGCUUUCGAUUCUGUCGACAAAACAAUUUUGUCAUAAUAUAAUCACCAAAAUUGUUUUGAGCCCUAAUCAACAGGAUCGUCUUGUUUGUGGUGAUUUCGAUGGUCGAUUAGUGUUGAUUGAUGCAAAUAGAGAUAUGGAAUCUCUUACUUAUUAUGAUAAUGCUCAUUCUGAUCCGAUCAACGAUCUUGUAUUUCGUAUGGAUGAUGUUUCCGAUAAUACCAUCAUAACAGCCGGUGCAGAUCAUUCAAUAUUACUUUGGGAUUUUCGUAUUUCUCGUACGGAUCGACCAGCUUCAACCAUAGCACAAGUGACCAGUCAACCAACAACAUUAGAUUGUGUAGCCGAACAUGAAUUGAUAUUUGGAACUGAAACAGGAAAUUUGGUUCGUUUAGAUCUACGAAAUUCGAGUAAAAUUCUACAAAAACAUUCAUUAUUCAGUAAUCAAUAUGAAUAUGAUGAUGAUAUGAGUGUUAUAAAAAUUCAUCCACUAAAACAACAUCUCAGUUGUGUUUUGACAGCUCAUCAAUAUUGGCUUAUUGAACGUCAAAAUUUGGAUACAAUAAUCGAUAAUCAUCAUUCAACAUAUUUUAAACGUGUUCAUUUGAAAAACUGUUUAGCCAUUAAUGAUGAUAAUGAUUUAUUAAUAAUUGGUAAUAAUUUUAAUCAUUUCCUUUUUCCAAAUAUUCUAAUGUAA